UCAUUUCAAAUUAUCCGUUAACGUUUCGUAAGUGUCCUUUAAAUUUUCGUGUGUAAAAUGUGUAGCCCUUGCGGACCAUGUGCUCCUCCACCGAACCCGGUCCUGUUCCCAGCAGCCAUGUGUUGUAUGGUCACACCUCCGCCCAUAUGCCCCCCGACUUACCCCGAACCUGUAAAACCCUUGAUGAUUACCUGCCCCAAAAGCUGCGGCCCUUGGCCCAAUUUGACGUCCGACCAAGAAUACAUACUGCGCUACUCGAAUUUCUACAACAACUACAACAGCGACUACCACACGUCGAGCCCCUGCGAUAAACCGGGCAAAUGCGAUCCGGGCGUGGGCGUUUGCGGGCCCCCCAAAUACUGCACCGACGUCAGACGCAGGAAGAAGAGGCCCCGUCCCGAAGACGCCGGCUGCCCGACGGGUUUCAAGCCCUGCUACAUGAAGAUGUUCCCGCCGGCCGACAACCAUCCGUGCGGCGUCUGGUGCGCCGAGGUGCAGCUCUGCUUCAGCAAACCGAAAUACUCCAAUUUCUACAAGCCGGGGCCCUGCAAGCGGCCCUGCUGCAAGCACCGGCCCUGCACGCCGCCCUGCUGCUACGACUUGCCCUGCAAGGCGGCCUGCAUGAACCACCCGCCUGGCAUCCAU